AUGAACCCAUCGGACACCCCCGCCUCCUCGCCAACCAGGUCAAUAACUCAGUCCUCACCCGGAGCAUCUGUCGAUUCAUGCAGUCAGUCCACCACUCCAUUCCUGCACAACCUGACCCAGCGUCUGCGCAAAGGAUCAAACGCCAGUUCCCAAAGUUCAGAUCUGCCUCCGCCACCCGACCCAGUGACUAAAACCGAGUCUACUCGAGCUGCUCGACGGACGCUUCUAUCUAUCGUAAAAGAUGAUUGGGAAUAUCCUUCCACAGCUGUCAAAGAAAACCCGCAAAUUCCUCAUCGAGAACCAAUCUCAUACCGCCUGCGGGAAGAAUCACAAUCUGACCUCGAGGCCGAAGAGGUCUUCUCCAGACGCUGCACCAAAGUCGACCCAUAUAAGUUUGAAGACCCCGAUGCCGUGGGCAAUGUGAUUGCGGAGCGCAAGAGAAAGCGCCGCAGACUGUUGGAAGAAGAAAUGCAAUGGAACGAAGGGCUCAGAAUUUGGUCAGAACGACGAGAUGCUUGGACGAGGGCUGUCAAACAUAGACCUCGCGAAGACCAAGCAUCGCCACACUCCCCUUCUUCCUCUUCAAAGCGCCCCUCACAUAAAUCUCGCCUCUCUCGCUCCCUUUUCCCGGAGCGCAACACUCUCCAAUCCACCGAUAGCUCAAAUAGCUGGCCUGCUUCCCCAACCUCACCGACCCCAGAGUCCUCAUCUAUCGACAGCAUUGAAUCCACCUCGUCCGGUGAACUCGGCCCUUGGCUACCCAUAUAUCCCCCCCUACUCCCCCCGGACGACACACUCCGCGACCGCAUCAAACCAGCCGCGUAUCCAACCAUCUACAGCAAAAUUGUGGUCCAGUCUAUGACGCCCAACGUACCGAUCCCGCUGACACACAUGAUCCCCGCGCUGGUCGAAGGCUGGAAGGCCGAGGGCAAUUGGCCACCUCAGCCGACGGCGAUCUCAGCCGCUGACGCGAAAAAGGGCCGUCGCUCCUCCGCUUUCUCCAAGUGGCGGAAAGAGCAUCACCACGAUACCAAGGCCGCGGAGCUCGCCACGGGCAACGAAGAUGGCAAGUCCAGAGUGAAGCGCAGUAUAGGCAUGAUGCGCCGUGUGCUCGGUGGCAUGCCGAGCAAUGGCCUUGAUGAGCUGGGUAUUGAGUUCUGCGAGCAAGAUGAAGACGAAAUGGAGAGAAAUGUCUUAUUGAACAAGGGUCUUAUCACACAUUAG